AGAGAGGGCUUUCCAUCUUUUUUUUCACCCACUCUUUUUCAUUUUCCUCUGUCUGCGUCGGGUGGUGAGAUAUACCUUCAGAUUUCAUCUCUUCAUUUUCCUGGAUCCACAAGCAAACUCCCAGAUCUCAAUCGCCACCCAUCUCCUCCACCUUCUUAAAUUCCAUUGGUUUCUGAUCUCUUCCUUGUUCUUCCCCAACUCCCAUCUUCAACUUUCAAGUUUAUUUGUAUAUUUAUAAACCAUGUGGAGGUUCAAGCCUUUCAUGCACAAAGAACCAUCUGGUCUUGAGGGUCGCUCAAUCGAUGUUGGCAACCUCAAGAUUCAUGUAAGAAAUGUUAUUGCUGAAGGAGGAUUCUCUUGUGUAUACUUAGCCAAGGAUGCUGUACACAUUUCAAAGCAGUAUGCCUUGAAGCACAUUAUAUGCAAUGAUGAGGAAUCUCUUGAAUUGGUGAUGAAGGAGGUUUCUGUUAUGAAAUCACUCCGAGGCCACCCAAAUGUUGUUACGCUUUAUGCUCAUACUAUCAUAGAUAUGGGACGCACCAAGGAAGCUCUACUUGCGAUGGAAUUUUGUGAGAAGUCUUUGGUCAAUGUCCUGGAGAGUAGAGGAGCUGGAUACUUUGAUGAAAAUCAAGUUCUCUUAAUUUUCAGAGACAUUUGUAAUGCUGUAUUUGCAAUGCAUUGUCAUUCCCCACCAAUUGCUCACAGAGAUUUGAAAGCUGAAAAUCUUUUGUUAGGCUCAGAUGGCCUCUGGAAGUUAUGUGAUUUUGGAAGCACUUCUACAAAUCACAAGCGUUUUGAGAAGCCUGAGGAAAUGGGAAUUGAAGAAGAUAACAUCAGGAAGUACACUACUCCUGCCUAUAGAGCUCCUGAGAUGUGGGAUCUAUUCCGGAGAGAACUUAUAAAUGAGAAAGUUGACAUAUGGGCUCUUGGUUGUCUCCUUUUCCGCAUAUGUUACUUCAAAAGUGCUUUUGAUGGAGAGUCAAAACUUCAAAUUUUAAAUGGGAACUAUCGGAUUCCGGAGUUGCCUAAAUAUAGCUCAUCGGUUACAGACCUAAUCAGAGACAUGCUCCAAGCUUCCCCAAAUGACAGACCAGACAUCACGCAGGUCUGGUUUCGUGCUAAUAACCUGCUACCUGCUGGAUCACAGAAGUCAUUACCGGAUCAGCCACCUGACAUGCCCUCUACAGACAAACAUGAAGGCACUUCAAACCCUGUGAACAAGUUGUCUCCUAUGCCUCGUAGAAGUCCACCCCCACCUCCAUCGGUCAAAAGUUCGUCACAAGCAACGUCACAUAUGUCUAAGCCAGCAGGGGGAGGGGGAGGUGGAGGACCACUGGGUGCCUUCUGGUCUACUCAACAUGCCAGUGACACAGUCAAUGAGGAUACAAACAGAAUUAGGUUUGAUGAAGAAUCAACUUCACGUAGUACGUCAAAACAUGAUCGGAAUAGUCCAAAUAACCAUUCUACACACAAGAAUGCUAAUCCUGGGGAUGUAAACCAAAGGGGAAACAAGACAGUGACAGAUGGUGGUUCAUUCAGAGACUUUGAAUUAUCGUUUUUCCAGAAUGAAAUGGAAAAAACUGAGAGUGCGAAUUUCCAGGACAAAGCUUUUAACAAUUUUGUUGCUGAGUUCGAUACCGUCAAAGUCAGUUCUGACGUCACUAACAACAAACCAGGAAAGGAAGUAGCAUUAGAGGCUGAGGUGGAGAAGUUGAAGGAGCAACUGAAGCAAGCAAAUGUUGAGAAAUCUGAAAUCACAUCCAAAUUCGAAAAGCUGUCAGCUAUCUGCCGUUCUCAGAGGCAAGAGAUACAGGAGCUCAAGCAAGCACUUGCUGCUAGGAGUCCAUCGCCAAACAAACUUGAAAUGAAAAAUCAUAAUUCACGAGAAGCUCAACCUUCAGCCAUGCCUCGGCUACAAAAGGCUGAUGUGACUACUCCCAGCCCUGAUGCGAAGGCAUGGCAGGCUUUCGCAGAAGAAUCCCCCAACCAGCAGUCUGUUACGCCUGAGAAGGGUGUCAAAUCUAUGAGAACUAGAAGCCUCCAGAAAAAGCAGGCUUCUCCAGAAAACACUGGUUUCGAAAGCUGGGGAUUUGGAGCCGAGAGUUUCUCAGCUGUGUCUGCUGGAAGCUCCAACAAAUCUGGAUUAACGGGUGAAAGGAAUAGUUCACAACGUACUGGUGGUGGUGAACCCAAAAGCAAUGAGGUAUCUUCACAACCUGCUGGAUGGGCUGGUUUCUAGUUCCAGUCAUGGUAGGGAGCUGAACGUGAUCUUUGAAUGGAGUUCCUUGUUUCGUGGCGAUACUUUCUAAGAAGGAUACAAAUUUGUGGUCGGCUUGAAAGAUGAGUAAUUCUGGUAGGGAUAUUUUCAUUUAAAUCCAAUAUAUAUAUAUAUAUAUAUGUGUGUGUGUGUGUGUGUGUAUUUGUGGUUGGAUGUGGUUUAUUAGAUCAAGUUGCAUGGUGGUACCUUUGCAUCUGUUACUUGUUUCUGGUCUAAUAUGAUAUAAUAAGUUGCCAUUUUUACCAAA